CAAUCGUGCGAACGUUGAGGUGGAUAUGGACAUCACGUCGUUGAAUCAUGUUUACGGUCCGAUUCUUGAAAACAAUACAAUUUCUACAAGGUUAUGUAAUAAUGUAUGCACGGAACGCGUUUGGAGAACAAAUUUACCAAGUGUUGAGUGUUUUCUAGAAUGAAAUGGAAGUCAAGUCAGCUAGAUAGAUAACAGUACCAGCCAGAGCUAGAAGGAACUAGCUAAUGCUAGCUUGUAAAGUCAAGCACGUUUUAUAAAAACGAUUUGCUAACCUGGUUGGCUUUCACGUUUAUAGAUACAAGUAGUUGGAUGAAUGCACCAUCUCUACAACCCAUGGAUCCAGGCCAGGGGCAGUAGAUACCACCAUCUCUACAACCCAUGGAUCCAGGCCAGGGGCAGUACCACCAUCUCUACAACCCAUGGAUCCAGGCCAGGGGCAGUACCACCAUCUCUACAACCCAUGGAUCCAGGACAGGGGCAGUAGAUACCACCAUCUCUACAACCCAUGGAUCCAGGCCAGGGGCAGUACCACCAUCUCUACAACCCAUGGAUCCAGGCCAGGGGCAGUACCACCAUCUCUACAACCCAUGGAUCCAGGCCAGGGGCAGUAGAUACCACCAUCUCUACAACCCAUGGAUCCAGGACAGGGGCAGUAGAUACCACCAUCUCUACAACCCAUGGAUCCAGGCCAGGGGCAGUACCACCAUCUCUACAACCCAUGGAUCCAGGCCAGGGGCAGUAGAUACCACCAUCUCUACAACCCAUGGAUCCAGGACAGGGGCAGUACCACCAUCUCUACAACCCAUGGAUCCAGGCCAGGGGCAGUAGAUACCACCAUCUCUACAACCCAUGGAUCCAGGCCAGGAGCAGUACCACCAUCUCUACAACCCAUGGAUCCAGGCCAGGGGCAGUAGAUACCACCAUCUCUACAACCCAUGGAUCCAGGCCAGGGGCAGUAGAUACCACCAUCUCUACAACCCAUGGAUCCAGGCCAGGGGCAGUAGAUACCACCAUCUCUACAACCCAUGGAUCCAGGACAGGGGCAGUAGAUACCACCAUCUCUACAACCCAUGGAUCCAGGACAGGGGCAGUAGAUACCACCAUCUCUACAACCCAUGGAUCCAGGACAGGGGCAGUAGAUACCACCAUCUCUACAACCCAUGGAUCCAGGACAGGGGCAGUAGAUACCACCAUCUCUACAACCCAUGGAUCCAGGCCAGGGGCAGUACCACCAUCUCUACAACCCAUGGAUCCAGGACAGGGGCAGUAGAUACCACCAUCUCUACAACCCAUGGAUCCAGGACAGGGGCAGUAGAUACCACCAUCUCUACAACCCAUGGAUCCAGGCCAGGGGCAGUACCACCAUCUCUACAACCCAUGGAUCCAGGCCAGGGGCAGUACCACCAUCUCUACAACCCAUGGAUCCAGGCCAGGGGCAGUAGAUACCACCAUCUCUACAACCCAUGGAUCCAGGACAGGGGCAGUAGAUACCACCAUCUCUACAACCCAUGGAUCCAGGCCAGGGGCAGUACCACCAUCUCUACAACCCAUGGAUCCAGGCCAGGGGCAGUAGAUACCACCAUCUCUACAACCCAUGGAUCCAGGACAGGGGCAGUAGAUACCACCAUCUCUACAACCCAUGGAUCCAGGCCAGAGGCAGUACCACCAUCUCUACAACCCAUGGAUCCAGGACAGGGGCAGUACCACCAUCUCUACAACCCAUGGAUCCAGGACAGGGGCAGUAGAUACCACCAUCUCUACAACCCAUGGAUCCAGGCCAGAGGCAGUACCACCAUCUCUACAACCCAUGGAUCCAGGCCAGGGGCAGUAGAUACCACCAUCUCUACAACCCAUGGAUCCAGGACAGGGGCAGUAGAUACCACCAUCUCUACAACCCAUGGAUCCAGGACAGGGGCAGUACCACCAUCUCUACAACCCAUGGAUCCAGGCCAGGGGCAGUAGAUACCACCAUCUCUACAACCCAUGGAUCCAGGCCAGGGGCAGUACCACCAUCUCUACAACCCAUGGAUCCAGGCCAGGGGCAGUAGAUACCACCAUCUCUACAACCCAUGGAUCCAGGCCAGGGGCAGUACCACCAUCUCUACAACCCAUGGAUCCAGGCCAGGGGCAGUAGAUACCACCAUCUCUACAACCCAUGGAUCCAGGACAGGGGCAGUACCACCAUCUCUACAACCCAUGGAUCCAGGACAGGGGCAGUAGAUACCACCAUCUCUACAACCCAUGGAUCCAGGCCAGGGGCAGUAGAUACCACCAUCUCUACAACCCAUGGAUCCAGGACAGGGGCAGUACCACCAUCUCUACAACCCAUGGAUCCAGGACAGGGGCAGUAGAUACCACCAUCUCUACAACCCAUGGAUCCAGGACAGGGGCAGUACCACCAUCUCUACAACCCAUGGAUCCAGGACAGGGGCAGUAGAUACCACCAUCUCUACAACCCAUGGAUCCAGGACAGGGGCAGUAGAUACCACCAUCUCUACAACCCAUGGAUCCAGGACAGGGGCAGUAGAUACCACCAUCUCUACAACCCAUGGAUCCAGGACAGGGGCAGUAGAUACCACCAUCUCUACAACCCAUGGAUCCAGGACAGGGGCAGUAGAUACCACCAUCUCUACAACCCAUGGAUCCAGGACAGGGGCAGUAGAUACCACCAUCUCUACAACCCAUGGAUCCAGGACAGGGGCAGUAGAUACCACCAUCUCUACAACCCAUGGAUCCAGGCCAGGGGCAGUAGAUACCACCAUCUCUACAACCCAUGGAUCCAGGCCAGGGGCAGUAGAUACCACCAUCUCUACAACCCAUGGAUCCAGGCCAGGGGCAGUACCACCAUCUCUACAACCCAUGGAUCCAGGACAGGGGCAGUAGAUACCACCAUCUCUACAACCCAUGGAUCCAGGACAGGGGCAGUAGAUACCACCGCCUUUCAAACACCGGGGAUGACAUAUCUGCAGGUUUCUCUCCUCAGUCUGUAUCCAGAGAGUCCCUCAUCUUUGGGCCAGGAUAAGGAUCUCUCCUCAGUCUGUAUCCAGAGAGUCCCUCAUCUUUGGGCCAGGAUAAGGAUCUCUCCUCAGUCUGUAUCCAGAGAGUCCCUCAUCUUUGGGCCAGGAUAAGGAUCUCUCCUCAGUCUGUAUCCAGAGAGUCCCUCAUCUUUGGGCCAGGAUAAGGAUCUCUCCUCAGUCUGUAUCCAGAGAGUCCCUCAUCUUUGGGCCAGGAUAAGGAUCUCUCCUCAGUCUGUAUCCAGAGAGUCCCUCAUCUUUGGGCCAGGAUAAGGAUCUCUCCUCAGUCUGUAUCCAGAGAGUCCCUCAUCUUUGGGCCAGGAUAAGGAUCUCUCCUCAGUCUGUAUCCAGAGAGUCCCUCAUCUUUGGGCCAGGAUAAGGAUCUCUCCUCAGUCUGUAUCCAGAGAGUCCCUCAUCUUUGGGCCAGGAUAAGGAUCUCUCCUCAGUCUGUAUCCAGAGAGUCCCUCAUCUUUGGGCCAGGAUAAGGAUCUUAGACCUUGUCCUUGGUGUGGCUUUGGACCAACUCUGUUUCUGUAAAGAAGACACCUUGUCUGCAUCAUCACAUGGCCAACUGACAGCCAACUGACUGCCUCUGGCCUCCAUGUCUGUGUCUGUCUGCUUAGAGGACUGACUGACUGUUCUGAGACCUGUUGUUCCACAUUCCACUGACUCAUUCCACAGCAGAACCACAGCUGAUUAGGAUGUUACAGGACAAAGAGAGACUGAUCUGUGAGUAGAGACUACAGCACUCACAAAGUAGAGACUACAGCACCCACAAAGCAUUGCAGCGUCCCUUACUGACACUUGUAGGCCUACUUGCACUGCCUGCUUUUACUACUGUCUACCUCAAGGUCAUUUUUUCUGUAAGUUAAUGUUCUGUAAAUACUCCCAGGUUUGGUGUUUCAGAUGUUUAUGGUCUAUGUUACCAGUUUUACUCUGUGUGCAGUUGGGGUUUUUGUUCUCCAGGAAAUUGCAGCUUGUGGAAAAUAUCACACAAUUUACUGCUGACAAAUUUGACAUUUAUAUUUUUAUUUUAUGUUGGAACAUGUUCUGUUUCUGGAUAAUAAAGUAUACUUUGAA